GAAUAGUCCAUAUAUAAUACCACAAUACCAGUAACCAUAGAUAUUUUCAUUGCAAGUUUCAAUUGUAUAACGAUUAUUAUUUUUUGUUCUAAUUAAACAUGGCAACCGGAAAAACAAAUAUCGACGGACAAUAUGAAACACCUGACAGUUUUUCCCCGAAAUUUAAGAAGAGAAGUGGUACUACUGACGUAGGUAAAGACUAUGAACAUCUCUACAUAGCGACCUUAGUUUUAAAAUUAAUUAUUGACGAUGACGUAGAAAAUUUUUACUUGUCGUCAAACGAUAGUGCAUAUGGUUCUUUCGAUGACGUUGUAGUUGAAAUUGAAUUCAAAAAUCGUAUCGAAACGUUCGCUAUUCAGUUGAAACACCUCAACAGAACAGGGGGAAUACAAAUUGAGCAGUUAAACGCAUCGAGUGGAAACUUUAGCGUCGAGAAGUAUUAUAAAGACUUCAAAAAAGAGUCGAAGUUGUCUGACUCGCGUAUCAAGAUGGUUUUGUUUACCAAUUCUAAGCUAAAUGAUGAAUACAUAGAUCAGUUUAAAUUUGGCAAAUUGACGCCACAUGAACAAGACAGUUUGCUAAGUACACGUAUUUCAAAGUUGGGAGGACAGUGUUACAGAUUUGAAGAAAAUGAAGAUAAUUUCAAAGAGUAUGGAUCUUUUUUUAAAAAUUUGUAUCUCUAUACUGGUCAAACGGAUACCGUAGACCUGGAAACAUGUACACUUGAGACUUUCAAGGCAUAUUUCAAAUGCAACGACAUCGUUUUCCGAGAGUACCUACAUUUUAUAACCCGGUGGAGUAUGCAACAAGGAAACAAAACCAAAUUAAAUAAAACGUGGAUGAAACACUUGAUAAGUCUUUGUGUGUUUUCACCUUUUAUCAGACCGUUAUCUUUCGUCGCUGGUGGACUAGUGGACGCCAAAAGAAAAAUGUUUAGAGAAGCUGUUUCGAAAUUUGACUUGACUUACAUAAGUAAAAACAAUUUCGAGAAAAUCGCCUCAAUUUGGUCAAACGCUAUCGACGAUAUAGAUGACAUAGAAGAAAUGAUUAAAGUGAAUUACAAGUACCAACUUAUCGAAAAAGGAAUAAAAACAAAAGAUAGUCUCUAUGAUAAAGACGCAACAAAAGUAUCGAAGCUCAUGUGGUUGCUGGGAAAAAGUCCGUUAGUCGUUGAAGGAUGUCCACAAGUUUAUGAAACAAUAAAAAUAUGUCAGGUUCAAAAUCUAAUUACACUAGAUGAUCGAGAAACGGUUAAUGGGUGUGUUAAAAAAAGUAGUACUGACCCCCUUCACGACAGUGCAGAUGGUCAACAAAAACCAUGCUUGUUUGAAAAGUUAUUUGAUUUAGAAAAGCACGUAGAGUUGUAUGAAGACAUCCUAGCGAAUUUUACAUAUUCACUGCAAGGGCAAAAAGACGCUGAAUUGAAAUAUUUGCUAAAAAUCUGCGAAGAUAGCGGCGACUUCAUCACUACGGAUGAUUUAGUUGAAAUGAUGUAAGCUCCAUUGCUGAUUGGAAAAUGCCAAGAUGCUCUGCCACCCAGUCAUGUUGAAAGAAAAUUGACGAAAAUUUUAAUAGACAUAAAAUUUUUGGAAAAGAUUAGUGAAAAUACAAUUGUUUUAGUCGAUUGCGUAACAGAUGUCAACUAUUUUAAACAAUUUUUGCCAAAUUUAGUAGUCAACAAAGUGAAUGACGUUGAGUUAAUUCAGAACACAAUUCAUGAACAGAAGAUAUAUAUUUAUGAAAACAAAAUUUCACACGAGGAAUUUUCUGCAUUGUGUAAAAAAAAAUUAGAAAUUCAGUUUCAUCACUUCAGAUAUUUAGACAAUCAUCGUUUGGAAUGGAUGGAAAGUGAAAAUUAUGACCCAGAACGAAAAUAUAUCGACGAACUUGAGAGGUUUCGUCUACAAAGUGACUUUAUGGAGUACACUAUACACGAGCGUCAGUACUUUAGUCGUUCUCGACAAAAUAUCAAUAUUAUAUGCGCCGAUGCUGGAAUGGGAAAAAGCACAUUAACGAAGAGUUUAAAAAACAGCAGUUCGUCUACAAACUGGAUCAUUUUAAUCUACACCAGAAACCACGCCUUACACUUCAGGAAACAUAAAUCAAACGUGGAGAAUUUCUUAAAAUAUAUUUUAGAAGAAACUUUUAAGGACUGCAUUAACCCGUUCCACCAGAAAGUGUUCAAAACAAUGCUGGAACAAAAUCAAAUACAACUAAUAUGGGAUGGACUUGAUGAAGCAUCUGAUGCCACUCAAAUUUUCAUCUUAACUUUAGUAAUUGCAUUUUCUAAAAAAGGAGUGAAGCAAUGGUUGACUUCUCGAAUCAAUUUAAGGGAUAUGUUGGAAAAGGAAUUAGGUACGUUUGCGCGAAAUAUAAGACAAUUUAGUGAAAACGAACAAAAAGAAUAUAUAGAAAACCGUUUACGGAUUACCGGUGAGGAGUUAAAUGAAACUUUUAAUAAAAUAAGAAAAAACAUAAUGUCUUUUCCAAAUUAUGAAAUUUUAGGCAUUCCUCUACAAAUUUAUAUGCUUACAGAAUUAUUUGUAAAAGACAGAGAUAAAUACCUGCUUUUGUUGGACGGUAUUUUCACAGUUCUUGAUCUAUAUGAACAUUUUGUUGAGGAAAAGUUUAAUGUUUUAUAUAAGGGUAAAUAUGGUGUUGCAUUAGAUUGUGAACAAAAUAACCGAAAAUUUGAAAAGAAAAAAAAA